GAUAUCCCUGUUUUUUUUUGUCUCUCUCCUUCACUCUCUCUGUCUCUCCCCUGUUCAGCAGAAUCUAAAACACUAUUGAGAUUCUCAUCUGACACUUAUUGGGAGUUCUUGAGAGGGAGGUUUCUCUCUCUGAACUCUCUUUUUCUCUGUAGUGUAGAACUUGUGUCAAAUGGAGCUGGUACCAUAUUCGGACCCCAAGUCCCAAUCAAGCUCAUCAUCCCCUCCGUGGCAAGACAUGUUCCGAUCGGCCUCCAUCCGCAAACCAGACUCGUCUCCCCAGAAUCACGCGCCGUCGCCGGAAUCCCACGCGCCAUCAUCCUCGGAGCCCAACACCCAAGACCCAGAUCACAGUUCCCUCUCUGGAGACCCCCAGGUACGUCUCGCCAUGUACAUAGCCAUGGCCCAUGCUGGUCUGGCCUUCACAAUCUUUCUACUUUAUGGGGUCUGUAAGUUACUGGAAGAGUAUUUGAGGCCUAUACAAUGGGCUGUGCUCUGUUCUAUCCCUUUGAGAGGAAUUCAACAAACCCUGGUUGCGUUUUGGUAUGAACCCUUGAACUUAGGCCUCACAGAAACUGUAUUGGCUGUACCCAUAGCUAUAUUCAGGGUUUUUGUUGGUACCCUUGUUGAUAUCAAGGAUGUUUUACUCCGGGUUCUUCUUCGUCAAAAGAAAUCCAAUACUAUCAGGCGGAAUCGAAGCGGGUUUUCGAUUUUGCUCAGGUGGCUUGUGUCUUUUUGGGUGUUUGUGAUGGCUUAUGAACACGUUGGUGGUAUUGGGUCUAUAGCACUUCUUGCAUUGGGCUUCAUUUUCACCUCUAGUAGUGUUGAAUCAACUAUGUCUGCGGUAUCAUCGUUUAGGAGUCAGAGUUUUCGUCGUAGUCCAAUUUCCUCAUAUUUUACGCGAGGAAUAUUGAAAAAAUUAAAAACCAUAGUGGCUGUUGGAUUGAUUGUUGGAAUGAUUGUGGGGUCUUUGGCUGGAUUGAUUUUCUUCUCUUAUAAGAUUGGAGUUGAGGGGAAAGAUGCAGUAUUUGCACUGAAAUCCCAUGUACAAGAAAGUAAUUAUGCGGAGAAAAUUGGUGUUAAGAAAUGGAUGGAUGAAAAUGAUGUGCCUGGGAUGGUGGAUAUGUACAGUACCAAGUUGUAUGAGACUGUCUCUGAGCAAAUUGACAGUUUGGCAAUGCAGUAUAAUAUGACGGAAUUUGUCACCGGAAUAAAGCAUUUUGUGGUCACCCCAGCAGCAAACUCUUCUGAGCGCUCCACGGCUAUGAUGUCCCCCUCCCCAUACACUGAGAAGAUUUUGAGUUUGAGGAAGAGGAUUAGUGAUCGUGAAUGGGGGCAGAUCUAUACAGAAGUUGAUGCAAUCUUUAGGGAAUUGCUGAUCACCAGGGAGGAUUUGGUUGAGAAGGCAAAAGGGUAUGCUGUUCAAGGAAUGGAUGUGAUGCAAAGUGUAUUGGCUAGCAGUAAAUCUGUUCUAGGUGGUAGUGUGAAAGUGGUGUUUGUGAUUGGCAAUUCCAUUGUCUCUGGAGCUGCAGGUCUUUUCAAUUUUGUGUCCCAAUCGAUGAUUUUCUUCUGGGUUUUGUAUUAUCUUAUCACAUCAGAGUCAGGUGGAGUAACAGAGCAAGUGAUGUGUAUGCUUCCAAUUUCACAAUCUGCAAGGACUCGAUGUGUUGAGGUCCUUGAUAAAGCUAUUUCGGGGGUUCUGUUGGCAACUGCUGAAAUUGCAUUCUUUCAGGGAUGUCUCACUUGGCUCUUAUUUAAACUAUACUCAAUACACUUCUUGUACAUGUCUACCAUACUUGCAUUCAUCAGCCCUUUGUUUCCGAUCUUUCCCUCAUGGCUCUCAACAAUUCCAGCGGCUUUGCAAUUGGUGCUGGAAGGUAGAUAUAUAUUGGCCAUCAGCUUGUCCAUUAUUCAUCUUGUGCUUAUGGAUUAUGGGACUACUGAAAUCCAAGAGGAUAUUCCUGGUCAUAGUGCAUAUCUUACUGGGCUCAGCAUUAUUGGUGGAAUGACAUUGUUCCCCUCUGCACUAGAGGGAGCGAUAAUGGGGCCGCUGAUAACUACUGUUGUGAUUGGGCUUAAGGAUUUGUAUCAAGAAUUUGUUUUGGAUGAACCCAAGGGAAGUAACAAGUAGGAAGUAAGUUUUCAAUGUCUUCUUCGACAGGAAAAAGAAAGUUUGCGAUUGUUGAAGAGACCAUGCACCUUAGUUGAGCUGGUUGGAUGGGAAAUCAGUGGUUCAAGCACACGAGUAGUUUCGCCAGUGUGGUCUUGUGCCUCCCUGCACCAACACAUUUUUUCAAGCUGUGUUGUUAUAGUCUCAUUCUAAUUGUUCAUGGAGUGUUUGUUUUUCUCUCUUUUUUUCUUCAUUCUUUUACUGUUUGUGAGCGUGUAAAUGAUAUCUUGGUUGUUGGCAGCUUGUUUAAAGGAAAUUGUACAUUGCUAUGUAUUUGUUUUACAGAUUUGUCUAGUUCUAUGAUUUAUCAUGUA